CUUUUAGAAGUACUACAUACACUGCCUAGUUCCAAAAUGGUCUCCCUUCCCCUUCCGUUCCCAGAUCUCUGAAAUUCUCAGCUCCACUCACCACCGCCACCGUAAUUCCGUCAAUUUACUCUUCCUCCGCCUCCGAAGAAGGUACAUCUACAUCUCUCGCCCCUUCCCUUAUCAUCUAUCUCUUGCACACAAGCCUUCGGUGGCACAGCGCGAGAUUGAUCGUUGAUCGAUGGAAUUCAUAAUCACGGACAAUUGUCUAGACUUCAGAUCUCCUGUAAUCGCGUCGAUACAUUCGUUGCUUUGUCUCUGAUCACAUCAUUGAAACGAGUCCGUCUGUUUUUACUCGACUUCAGGUAAUAAGAAAGAGAGCUAGGGCGUGGGGAUUUCAUUUGGUUUCUGAUAAGCUGAAUUACGUUAGAUCUUUUCUGCAAGAAGAAAACGAUAAUGGCUGGGGGUGCUGCGGGUGGUUUCGUUACUCGAGCGUUCGAAUCGAUGCUCAAGGAGUGUUCCGGUAAGAAGUACGCUGCUCUCCAGACUGCCAUUCAGAACUAUCUAGAUAGUACAAAAGAGGUCAACCAGCAAUCUGUUUCCAGCGAGGCAAUUCAAGUGCCAACUUUGACCGGAGAACAGAGUUUGCCUGGAACUGAUGCUGGAGUUACAAAGAGUGGAGUGGAUUCAGAUCAGAAUGGUGAUGAGGUGGAACAGACUAACAAGCCGACAGGAGGAAGGGAAACUAUUGCAACUGCCUUAGCAAAUGCUGGACAUUCUUUGGAAGGAGAUCAGGCUGAUCUUGUUUUAAAUCCACUCCGACUUGCAUUUGAUACCAAGAAUUCAAAAGUCUUUGAGCUUGCAUUGGAUUGUCUGCAUAAACUGAUAGCAUAUGAUCAUUUAGAGGGUGAUCCUGGUCUAGAUGGUGGUAGAAAUGCGCCGCUAUUUACGGACAUUUUGAACAUGGUCUGUAGUUGUGUGGAUAAUUCAUCACCGGAUAGUACUGUUUUGCAAGUGUUGAAGGUGCUUCUUACGGCUGUAGCUUCCACCAAGUUCACAGUUCAUGGUGAACCAUUGUUAGGAGUACUCAGAGUAUGCUAUAAUAUUGCUCUUAACAGCAAGAGUCCCAUAAACCAAGCAACAUCAAAGGCAAUGUUGACCCAAAUGAUCAGCAUCGUCUUCAGGCGAAUGGAAAGUGAUCCGGAUGUUCAGGUUACUAGCACAUCUAGCUCUGUCACACAUAGAGAAGCUGCUUCAGAACACAGUUCAAACUCAAAACUUGAGGAUGCUUCAGAAGACCAAAACAAUGAAGGGAUGACUUUGGGAGAUGCCCUUUCUGUAAAUCAAGUCAAAGAUGCUUCUAUUGCAUCUGUUGAGGAACUUCAGAAUCUUGCCGGGGGUGCUGAUAUUAAGGGUUUAGAAGCUGUUCUUGACAAAGCUGUUCAUCUUGAAGAUGGUGACAAGAUAACCAGAGGGAUUGACCUAGACAGCAUGAACAUUGCCCAGCGGGAUGGUUUACUUCUUUUCCGCACCCUUUGCAAGAUGGGUAUGAAGGAAGACAAUGAUGAAGUUACAACCAAGACACGUAUUUUGUCUCUUGAACUUCUGCAGGGUUUGUUGGAAGGGGUUAGCCAAUCAUUCACUAAGAACUUCAAUUUUAUCGACUCAGUUAAAGCUUACCUUUCAUAUGCAUUGUUGCGGGCGGCAGUUUCUCAAUCACCUGCAAUAUUCCAGUAUGCAACUGGAAUCUUUGCUGUGCUUUUAUUGAGAUUUAGGGAAAGUCUUAAAGGUGAAAUUGGCAUUUUCUUUCCAUUGAUUGUUCUACGGUCGCUGGAUGGCUCAGAAUUUCCCCUCAAUCAGAAAUUGAGUGUUCUUAGAAUGCUAGAGAAGGUCUGCAGAGAUCCCCAAAUGCUUGUUGACUUGUAUGUGAAUUAUGAUUGUGAUCUUGAGGCCCCUAACUUGUUUGAACGCAUGGUUAACACUCUAUCGAAAAUAGCCCAAGGGAUACAAAAUAUGGAUCCCAACUCAGUUACUGCUUCCCAAAUGGGAUCUAUUAAAGGUUCUUCACUUCAGUGUCUUGUGAAUGUGCUAAAAUCAUUGGUUGACUGGGAGAAGAUGCGAAAAGAAUUGGAAAAACAGAGUAGAGGCAAAGAAUCUUCUGAAGGAGAAAUUUCCACUAGAGAAGAUGAAACUAAAAUCAGGGAGGACUUGUCAAAUAACUUUGAGAAAGUGAAGGCUCAUAAAUCUACAGUGGAAGCUGCUGUAUCUGAGUUCAACCGGAAAUCAGGGAAGGGUAUAGAAUAUUUGAUAUCAAAUCGUUUGGUGGAGAACACACCUGCUUCAGUUGCUCAAUUUUUGAGGAAUACUCCCCAUUUGGACAAGGCUAUGAUAGGUGAUUACUUGGGCCAACAUGAGGAAUUUGCCCUUGCUGUCAUGCACGCUUAUGUAGAUUCCAUGAAUUUCUCUGAGAUGAAGUUUGAUUCUGCAAUCCGCGAAUUCCUUAAAGGAUUCCGACUUCCAGGAGAAGCACAAAAGAUAGAUCGGAUCAUGGAGAAGUUUGCAGAGCGUUAUUGUGCAGAUAAUCCUGGAUUGUUUAAGAAUGCAGAUACUGCAUAUGUUCUUGCAUAUGCAGUUAUAAUGUUGAAUACUGAUGCACAUAACCCUAUGGUGUGGCCUAAAAUGUCCAAGGCUGAUUUUAUACACAUGAAUGCCACAAAUGAUCCUGAAGAGUGUGCUCCUAAGGGACUCCUGGAGGAGAUCUAUGAUUCUAUUGUCAAAGAAGAGAUAAAAAUGAAAGAUGACCUGGCUGCUCUUGGUAAAAGUAAGCGACAGAAGCCAGAAGUAGAAGAGAGAGGUCGCCUUGUCAGUAUUCUUAAUCUGGCUCUCCCAAGGGGGAAGUCAUCAACAGAUGCAAAGUCUGAGGGUGAAGCAAUUGUUAAAGAAACACAGGCUAUUAUUAGGAGUAAAGGAUUGAAAAGAGGAGUCUUUUACACUUCAUAUCAGAUUGAACUUGUAAGGCCAAUGGUUGAAGCUGUUGGUUGGCCUUUGCUUGCUACUUUUUCUGUUACUAUGGGUGAAGCAGAGAAUAAGCCAAGAGUUGUUCUCUGUAUGGAAGGAUUUAGGGCAGGGAUACACAUUACCCAUGUUCUUGGAAUGGAUACCAUGCGAUAUGCUUUUUUGACAUCACUAAUUAGAUUCAAUUUCUUACAUGCACCAAAGGACAUGCGUAGUAAAAAUGUAGAAGCAUUGAGGACUCUACUCACAUUAUGUGAUUCUGAUACUUACGCUCUUCAAGACACAUGGAAUGCUGUUCUGGAGUGCAUUUCUCGGCUUGAAUACAUAACAUCUACCCCUUCUAUUGCUGCUACUGUCAUGCAAGGAUCGAACCAAAUUUCCAGGGAUGCCAUUCUUCAAUCUCUGAGAGAGUUGUCUGGGAAACCAGCUGAUCAAGUAUUUAUGAAUAGUGUUAAAUUGCCCAGUGAAACUGUUGUGGAGUUUUUUACCGCUCUCUGUACUGUGUCAGCUGAAGAACUCAAACAAACUCCUGCUCGUGUCUUUAGCUUGCAGAAACUGGUUGAGAUAAGCUAUUUCAAUAUGGCUCGUAUACGCAUGGUAUGGGCUAGAAUAUGGUCUGUCCUAUCUAAUCAUUUUAUUUUUGCUGGGAGUCAUCAUGAUGAAAAAAUUGCCAUGUAUGCCAUAGAUUCUCUGAGGCAACUUGGUAUGAAGUACUUGGAGCGUGCUGAGCUUGCCAACUUCACAUUCCAGAAUGACAUUCUGAAACCCUUUGUCGUUCUUAUGCGGAGUAGUCGAAGUGAAACUGUACGGAGGCUGAUUGUAGAUUGCAUUGUUCAAAUGAUAAAAUCUAAAGUUGGAAGCAUAAAGUCAGGCUGGCGAAGUGUUUUCAUGAUUUUUACUGCUGCUGCAGAUGAUGAAUUGGAACCAAUCGUUGAGGGCGCAUUUGAAAAUGUAGAACAAGUUAUCUUGGAACAUUUCGAUCAGGUUGUUGGGGACUGUUUUAUGGAUUGUGUCAACUGUCUUAUUGGGUUUGCCAACAACAAAAGGUCCCCCCGCAUAAGUCUGAAGGCUAUUGCACUCUUGCGAAUAUGUGAAGAUCGUCUUGCAGAGGGCCUUGUACCAGGUGGUGCUUUGAAGCCCAUUGAUGUCAAUAUGGAUACAACAUAUGAUGUGACUGAGCAUUACUGGUUCCCGAUGCUGGCUGGUUUGUCUGACCUAACGUCUGAUCCUAGGCCAGAGGUCAGAAACUGUGCAUUGGAGGUCUUGUUUGACCUGCUGAAUGAAAGAGGUAGCAAGUUUUCAUCACCAUUUUGGGAAAGCAUUUUCUACCGCGUCCUAUUUCCCAUUUUUGAUCAUGUGAGGCAAGCUGGAAAAGAGAGCUCGUUCUCUCCUGGCGAUGAGUGGCUUCGUGAAACUAGUAUUCAUUCGCUUCAGUUGUUGUGUAACCUUUUCAACACUUUUUACAAGGAAGUAUGUUUUAUGCUGCCUCCACUCCUGAGCUUGCUGUUAGAUUGUGCCAAAAAGACAGAUCAGUCAGUUGUUUCAUUGUCUUUGGGUGCAUUAGUACAUCUCAUCGAAGUCGGAGGACACCAGUUUAGUGACAAUGACUGGGAUACCUUGUUGAAAAGCAUAAGGGAUGCUUCAUACACUACACAACCCCUUGAGCUGCUCAAUUCUUUGGGUUUUGCACACUCCCAGAAGCAUACAGUGUUAUCCGGAGAUUUAAAGAUCGAUAAAAGUGAUGGUUCUCCCCUGAAGUUAGAGGAAAAUGAACCAUCGGCUAAACACCAGCUUAAUGCCAGUGAUAAUGGUGAUGCUCAUGCUUCAGCAUCCAUAAACUUUAGUAUGGACGAAUCUUUAAAGGAUCCUAAUGCAUCAAUAUUACUGGACCACAAUCAAGAAACAGAGGAUUCUGAAGUUUCACCUUCUGGAAGAUCUCGGAGUCGUUCUGAAGCUGGAAGCCUCCAGCAUAAUCAAACAAUUGGUCAAAGAAUCAUGGGAAACAUGAUGGACAAUAUCUUUACCAGAAGUUUUACCUCUAAACCUAAGAGUCCUUCUGCCGAUGUUUUGAUACCAUCUUCACCAUCCAAGCUUUCUGAUGCUGUGGAGACAGAUGCCACCAAAGAUGAGGAGGAUAGUCAAUUACUGACAACAAUAAGGAGUAAAUGCAUCACUCAGUUACUACUUCUAGGUGCUGUUGAUAGUAUUCAGAAGAAAUACUGGAACAAGUUGAAUGCAUCACAAAAGAUCGCCAUAAUGGACAUUUUGUUCUCUGUGUUAGAGUUUGCAGCAUCUUAUAAUUCAUAUACCAACCUCAGAUUGCGGAUGAACCACAUACCUGCUGAAAGGCCACCUCUGAAUCUUCUUCGCCAGGAAUUAGCUGGGACUUGCAUUUAUUUGGACAUCCUGCAGAAGACAACUUCAGUGGAUAAUGGCAGAGAGGACCAACUCGUUAAUGAUGUUUAUGAGGAUGCUUCUAGUACUUCGCUGAAAACUGAUUCAAGUCCCACUGGAAGUUAUAGUGUUGGGGGGAAACUUGAAACACUAGCAGAGGAGAAGUUAGUGUCCUUUUGUGGGCAGGUUCUCAAGGAGGCAUGUGAUUUCCAGUCUAGUAUUGGGGACACUACUAAUAUGGAAACUCAUCAGGUUCUAGAAUUACGUUCCCCAAUCAUUGUCAAGGUGCUUAAAGGAAUGUGCUUUAUGAACAACAAGAUUUUCCAAAAACACCUGAGAGUAUUCUAUCCCUCUAUGACAAAACUUGUAUGCUGUGACCAGAUGGAUGUUCGGGGAGCUCUGGGCGAUCUCUUUAGCAUGCAGUUGAAUGCUCUAUUGCCAUAGAUGAUGCUGAUGUAUAUGUUGCACCUUAUUCGAGCUUUGCUGGGUAGAACUGUGUCGGCAGUAUUACUUUAGAGGGCUGAUGUUGCUCAAUUUUUCUAUUAUAUAUAUAUAUAUAUUUAUAUAUAUUGGCAGUUAACCAGUACGCUUGAGAAGCGAGGCACAUUCCAUUUUGUUUUGACGGGUGUGUCGUGGAUUUUGGUUAGCGCACUGUUUCUGCAAAUUGUUUUUGCAGUGUAGAGGACAAUACAACACAAGAUAGCUAGGAUUAUAUUCCUCCUGGGUUUUUUUUUUUUCUUAUAUAGAAGAUAAUAGAAAAAGUUGCCGAACUGAAAACUAAUUGCAGUUGAGCUAACUUAGCUUCAGGUUUUGGUAUUCAUGUAUGAUGGACUGCCCGAGCCCAAUUAUCAAGAGAAUAAUCAUCCCUCGUCACAAUUUAAUUAGGGCUAUUAA